AUGGCUUUCAGUCAGACAUCGCUGAAGCUCAGCAUGUUGGGCUCCAAUCCGCAGCUUCGCAUGAUGGCCUCGGGCGCCCGAGCCUUCUCAUCCGGUGAGUCACCACGACGCGGUAACAGGCUCACGAUCAAAGGAUUGAGGAAGGCUUGGGAAUAUGGAGCCCACGAUCGGAAGGCUGAAUGCAUAUGGAUCAUCACGCCCGAAAGAGUGGACCGUGAUGCUGAUGCUAUAUUUCCUUGACCGCACCUAGGCCGUGCCGUCGCUGCAUCUUCGACCAAACCCACUCAAGCUCAAGCUGCGCAGCCUAACGCUGCCACUUGUGAGUCAACAUGAAACUGCUCAAGCUGCGGAGACUCUUCCGCGGCAGGCUACUGACGCUGCACAUCGGCGCUUAUCCGAUAGCAUACAUCAAGGGCACAGUCAACGAUCCCACUCCCUACCCACCUCCCGCCCCCUCUCACGGUUCCUACCACUGGCUGUUCGAGCGAGGACUUUCGGUAGCACUGCUGCCAAUCGUAGCAGCUGGCAUGGUCAAGCAUGGUAGCUCGGGUCUGUUGGAUGGCGCACUGGCAGUGUCCCUCAUCGUGCACUCCCACAUCGGAUUCGAUUGCAUCAUUGCGGAUUACUUGCACAAGAGGAAGUUCCCCGUCAUUGGCCCUACCGUCUCUUGGACUCUUCGCGCUGCUACAGUAGCCAGCUUGGUCGGACUUUACGGUGAGUGCUCAGCGUGCUGUGGUCGUUAUGGAUCUCAUGGGAGACCUCGGGAAGGAGGGCGACGCGGGCCUCGCAUGAUACCAGGUCGCCCAUAUUCAGCCGGAUCGUGCAAGUCAGAAGGAGUACUGACAGGUGCCUUUUCGCAUCCCCACCUCUUGCUGUACCUGGCAGAGCUCAACACCAGUGAGUGUAGAUGACGAAAUGUGGUUCCUUCGAAAGGUUCCAUGCUCAUGCCCGGCUCCAUUGCCCUUCUUCCACAGACGACAUCGGUCUUUCCGAGUUCAUUGCGCGCGCUUGGGUCGCAUAA